AUGGAGAUAGUGAAUGAAGGUUGGGUAUUCAAGCAAUCUAAAUAUUUAAAAAAAUUGAGAAAAAGAUAUAUCAUAUUAACAAAAAAUUUUAUUUGCUCUUUUAAAUCUCAAUAUUAUCAAGGUGAAAAACCAACAGAAAUAUUAUACCUUAAUAAAUUUACUGAAUUAACUUCAAUUGAAGAUAUUAGAAAAAUAAAGUUAAUAGAAAAUGAAUUAGGUCUAACUAAUAUACAUUUAUUUAAUAUUAGAUACAAUAAUAGGAAGAUUUUAUUUGUUACUCUGGAUAAAGAUGAGAAUAACAGAUGGAUAAAGAAUAUUAGCAAACAAAUGGUAAAACCGACGGUGUUAAUGAACGAAUAUUAA